CCUGGCGUGAGUAGUAGUCGACAGCAGCUCUUGAAUGAAUGUGCAUUCUGUUUCCGCUCAUGGAAAGUGUGAAAAUGUGUGCAAGGACAGCAGAGUACGAGGAGGAACUGGGGACCGAAAGAGGAGAACGAGCCACAACGUCAACAACUGGACGCUGUUUUCAUUCUGCAGCCUCUAAUUGUGCUUCACAGAGCAGCCUGCCAUUGUCAGUCAAAGGUUUCAGCAGCCAGCCGAGAGCAGAAAUCAUCAAAAGUGUCCUCGGAUACGCCAAAAUUGUUCAUCCACUGGGUCGGAACUAUUGCGUCACACCAUUCCGAUGCUCUAAUGUGCUUCCAGAUGCUGCGGGGAACAGCCCCGGAUCAGUCGUAAGUGCAUAUCGAAAACACAAAACGCGGCACAGUUCUGAGGACCCAGGUUCAAAUCCAGCCUUCCUGUGUGGAGUUUGCAGGUUCUCCCUGUGCCUGCGUAGGUUUUCUCUGGGUACUUCGGUUUUCCUCCAACAUUACAAAAACAUGCAUGACAUCAAUGAAGAUCUUCGUCCUGAGGGGCAGGAGCUAGAGCCCCCUCACGUUAAAGAGGAAGUGGAGGAUGGAGAGGUCCACCACACCAAAGAGGAAGAGAAAUUGGAGCCCACUCCCAUUAAAAAAAACCUGGUGUCCCUUUGAAGAGUGAAGAUGAAGGUCAAAGUGAGGAGAGCAAAGAGGCAGAGCCUCCAAGCAGCAGCUCAAGUCAACACAUGACAACAGAAGCUGAUGGAGACCACUGUGGAGUAUCACAAGCAGAUGGACUCUUAGCUCCACUAUCAGAUAGUGACGACAUGACGUCACACCCUCCUCACACUGAUGAGGAUGAUGGAGUGUAUGAAGGUGAUAUGACAUGUCACACUGAAAACAAACGAUGGAAAUGUUCUCAGUGUGGGAAAAUAGUUGCUUUUCAGAGCAAUUUGAAACAACACAUGAAAAUACACACAGGAGAGAAAGCUUUUGCCUCCGCAGUAUGUGGUCAAAGAUUCUCUCAGAAGGGAAACUUAAAAACACACACAAGAACCCACACUGGUGAGAAACCUUUUGCCUGCUCAGUUUGUGGUCAAAGAUUCAUUGAAAACGGAACCUUAAAAAGACACACAGGAACCCAGAUGGGGGGGAGAAACCUUUUGCCUGCUCAGUUUGUGGUCAAAGAUUCUCUGACAACGGAAACUUAAAAACACACACAAGAACCCACACUGGUGAGAAAGCUUUUACCUGCUCGGUUUGCUGUCAGAUUCUCUCGUAAGUAUCAGGCUAAAACACACAAGUGUGCAGUGAGAACAGCAGUGAUGAAGAAGCUUUAAAUGAAAAAGUAAAUGUCUAAUAUCAAAGAAAAUUACAAUCAUACUGAUUUACAGAAAUCUACAUUCUUGUAUUCUGUCUACCAUCUUUUAUUUUUUUCAAACUUUUAAUAUUUUUUGUAUCUUCUAAAGGCCUCCUGUAGACAAAUGUUGAGAAUUAUCACUGGUGCCAAAAUACUUUUAUCUAAUGUUAUAAAAUGAGCAAAUGGUUGAUCGGACAAGAUUGUGAUUAGAUGUUUGACUUUGUCAAUGUGCGUUACAUGAUUAAAAGCAUUUCUAAACAAAGAAAAAAAAACAUAAACAUUUUAAAACAAGAGGAAAAAAAUAAAGUAAAAUUAAAACAGCGUACGUUCGUUCUACUGUUUCUUGUUGACAUAAUCUCAUACGAUAAUCUUUUAAGACAUAGUCUGGCGUUUGAGGUCUUCGGUGGGGACAAAAGCAACCCGAUUGUCUUUGUGUGUACCAGGACUAACACCAUCUUUUCUUCACCUCAAGUAUUGUCUUAAUUUCCCACAUUCUCUCUUAAUUGAAACGAUCUUCUCUUGCUAAAUGGAGGACACC